AGCAGAAGGCGGCGGGUGGGAGGCUGGAAGGAUGUUGCGUCUGAGCUGCCGAUUUAGGCUGAUCAGAGCCGGAGCUACGAUGCAGUGACAGUCUACACGAAGACACACACACCACACAAACACACACACACACUGGGAAAGGAGAAGCACACGAAUGCGCACGGGAAAUGAUCCGCUCCUAGACUAUGGCACCGUCGGGCUCGCGUAGUAUCAAGCGGGGCUGCCAGAGAGUUUUGUACUGGAUCCCGGUCCUGUUCAUCGCCCUCAUAGUGGCUUGGUCAUACUACGCCUAUGUUCUGCAGCUUUGCAUAGAGUCCAUUGAAAACACGGGAGAAAAGGUCGUGUACUUGCUGGCCUACCAUGUCAUUUUCAUCAUGUUUGUGUGGGCGUACUGGCAAACCAUCUUCACCAGGCCUAUGAACCCCCUGAAGGAGUUCCACCUGUCCCACUCUGACAAGGAGCUGCUGGAGCGUGAAGAUCGAGGAGAGUCCCAGCAGGAGAUCCUGAGGAGGAUAGCCAAGGACCUGCCCAUCUACACCCGCACCAACUCUGGAGCAAUCCGUUUCUGUGACCGCUGCCAGCUGCUGAAGCCUGAUCGAUGUCACCAUUGUUCAGUCUGUGAUAAAUGCAUCCUGAAGAUGGAUCACCACUGCCCCUGGGUGAAUAACUGUGUGGGAUUCUCCAACUACAAGUUUUUCAUGCUGUUCCUGGCGUAUUCGCUACUUUACUGCCUUUUUAUAACUGCUACAGAUCUUCAGUACUUCAUAAAGUUUUGGCUAGCUGGAGGUAGAGCACAUUUCCGUCUGAAGGAAUACCUGAACGGCCUCCCAGACACUCAGGCAAAGUUCCACAUCCUGUUCCUCUUCUUCUCGUCCUCCAUGUUUUCCGUCAGCCUGGCGUCGCUCUUCAUCUACCACUGCUGGCUGGUCUGUAAGAACAGAUCCACUCUUGAGGCUGUGCGAGCUCCGGUGUUUCGUCACGGCACAGAUAAGAACGGCUUCAGUCUGGGCUUCAGUAAGAACUUCCGGCAGGUCUUUGGGGAUGAAGUUAAAUACUGGCCUGUUCCCGUGUUCUCCAGUUCAGGUGACGGCUGCUCCUUCCCGACCUGCCUGGUGAAUCUGGACCCUGAGCAGCCGUCGUCACCCAGCGGCUCCAACCCUGCCAGCAAGGCUGCAGCAGAAGGUCGCCAGUUUCCCUCCAAACCUCUGAGAGAGAGUCAGAGUCGCCUGCUGAGCAGCACCCCCUCCUGGUCUGAGAGUGACGGUGCAGCAGACAAGGACAAGAAGGGUGCCAGUAACCCAGGGAUGACCAUCGAAAAUGAGGCGUAACCACGGUUACAGCUGACAACAAACCAGAACACUCUAUGCUGCCCCCUCCUCUGUGUUUGUGCCUAUCAGAACGUGACGUGGUGAUGACAUCAUCGAUACUUAUUUCCCACACUGCACCCUGCUUCUGAGAGUUCAACAUCACACACAAACAGACUAUUAUCAGUUAUCCGUCUGAAUGUCAGAACAGAAAUUUAAAAAUUGCAUUCCAGAAAUCCAGUUUUUCAUUUAUUUGUAUAUAAACAAGCACAGAUCGGCGACGGAGUUUUGCACUUAAAUCUGUGCGUUACGUUCAUGUGUCAGAAAAUUACCAGAUUAUUUAUGUUGUUUUCAUAGCUUAGCACACAAGUAAAUGCUGUUAUGAGUUUGCCAAAUGUUUGAGUGUAGAUUAGUAGUGGUGUUAACGUGCUGUAACCGACAUUCCUUUAUUGCCAUUUUUUUUGUUUUUGGUGGCGUUUUUGUCAUUUUAUUUUGGAAGGGAGGGGAAGGGCAGGUUUUUGUGGAGUCAAAUGAUGCAUGCACUCAUCUCAGGAUGUCACUUUGCUGUAGUGAACUGUACCACAACACCCCCCCCCCC